GGGUAGUUAUUCCCCAGAGUCGCCAUUUUUGAUUUCACUAUUGUAUUUGGCUUGUAAGUUAGUCACCAAAACGUAGAAGUUAUCGCAACAAGUCCGUAAUCUAUAAUCUGGAAAGCUUUGAGGCUUUCCAUAGAAGCCUAGGAUGGCCUCAAAUCAACGCUAUGAACCGGUGUCUACCAGUGAACCACCUCCACCCUCUUCUGUUCCUGUUGUCUUGACAAUAGCCAUACCCCUGGAGGACGAUACUGCAUGCUCUCCACCUCCCCCUUAUGAACCAACUGAGGACCAGGAUACUGCUAGAGACACCGAUCUUCCUCCAUCCUAUGAUAUUGCGGCUAAGCUACCAACUUAUGAAGAGGUGGAAAGAGUGAAAGGGGAUCAGGAUGGUUUGGUUGAAAGGAAUGCGAUUUUGCUUGAUGGUGGAGUAGAAGUUGCUCUUGGAAAUGACUGGCUAUUUUUGAUCUGUUUUAUCUUGGCUUUUGUUUUCAACUGGUUGGGAUUCUUUGCUGCUUACUGUAUGACCAACACUAUUGCGGGAAGGUAUGGUGCAAUGUCUGGCUUUGGACUGUCCGCAGUGAAAUGGAUUCUUAUACUAAAGAAUUCAUCUUCUGUUGACACAGAGUUUGUACAUUCCUGGCUUUGGUGGAUUGCUCUUGCCCUCGGAUGGCUGAUAUUUGUUCAAAGUAUUUUGACCUACUUGAACAUCAAGUGGUGGGUGAAGAAAGGCUGUCGUUCUUUUCAGCGUCACUGGGGGAUGCCACGAGGCAACCACAACAACUGAUUUGUUAAGACUGUAUUUGCUUAAUGUGAAUGAAAUGGUCAUUUCAUUUUGGGUCAUUUUAAUGUUGUAGAGGACUAUUUUAUAUUGGAUGAAAACCCAGAAAUGAAACUUUGCUGGGUGCACUAAACAUCACAAAUGUUAGAAUAAUGGAUUGCAGAUAGAUUACAGAUGACAGUUGUACUUGAUAAAUCUUCCAUAGUGCAUCAACUGUGAUGGAGCUUCUUUAACCUUUUACCUCUCAAUAUCUAUGUUGUAAUUCUUGUUUUGGCAGCUGUAUGUUCCCCUAAAGAGAAUUUGGUUUUAUAUUAAGAUAUAGCCCUUGGCUGAUAAGUGUGUUUAUUCUCAUACCUGUUUGGAGGGUACUUUUAUGAUUUUAAUCCUUUACAUCCUGACAUCAGCAUGCAUAUUCUCCAUACUGCUCGCUACAUGUUUCCUAAGGUGCUGGUAAGGAGAAUAACUGGUGAUCAUUUGCUUUGUUCCCAUGAUUCUAGUGUUUGAUUCAGGGAUGAUGAUGUAAGGCGAAAUUAGAUGUUAGUCACUCUGAGGGUCAAACAGUUAAGAAGAGAAAUGACAUGUCUAUCUUUUGGAAGUGGAGGGGUUGGGAGAACUUUAAACUACCUUGGAUCUUUAACCCUUUAACUCCCAAGAUCUGAUUGUUAAUUCUCCCCUCUAGCUGCUACACAUAUCCUUUUAAAUAAGUUAUGAGAAUUUUGUGUUAGAUCAAGAUAAAUUCUACCUCAUCAGUAUGAACAUUCUCAUCAGCUGUUUGCUGGAUAAUGUAAGGAUAUUAUGGGGAGAUGUUUCAUGUUGAUCACUUCUGGGAGUUAAAGGGUUAAAAGUUUGGCAAUAUUUGACAGCUACUGUACGGCCCUUUUGAAGGAAAUUGUGAUUAAAGGUGUGAAAUGGGGUGAUGAAUCUUAUUCUAUUUCUUAGUAAAAAAUGUACGAAAUUUGCCAUAAAUUGUAGUUAUUGUAGUUAUUAUGUGAUAGUUAAUUAGGAGUUGCAAUGAAGAAAUGUAGAAAUAUACUCAGUUGUAGGCCAGUGUAAAUUUAAUCACUUUAUCUGGGAGGAAACAAAAUAAAGGUGGCAUUGUUCAUGCAUCACAGCA